GGCUGUAUACUGGGAGAGGCGAGGAGGCAAAAAGGUCAGCGGCGUCAGUAGCGGUCUGGUUCUGACGUCAAGAACACCUACGGAUCUCACCUAAGGAUCUUCACUCUCCCUCCUCGCCACAGACACUCCUCAACCAACAUCAUGACCAGGACUCCCAACCUGUGUCCAUCCAUCGCCCUCCUGCUGUUGCUGUUCCUGGCCGCUCCUCCAGCUGCCUCCCGCGCCACGAAUGAGCCACCACCGCGCCUGCUGGAUCUAACCUACACUUACAACGUGGACGCCCCGACCAUGCCCAGUCUGAGGGCUUUCAACAUGAGCACAAUAGUGAAAGGCAUCCAGGAAGAGGGAUACUGGCUGGAAAUGAAUGAGUUCUGCUCGGCGGAACAUUCUGGCACUCACGUGGACGCUCCCGUGCACUUCUCCCGCACCAGCUGGCCAGUGAACGAUAUUCCCCUGGACCGGCUGUGGCGAGUGCCAGGGGUGGUGAUUGACGUGUCUGAGGCAGUUGCCACGUCCAUAGACAAGAAUUACGCCAUCCCCGUGUCAGACCUGGAGGCGUGGGAGAGUCAGCACGGUGCCAUUCCUGAUGGGGCAGUGGUCUUCCUGCGCACAGGCUGGGGUGCCAAGAGCCACAACUUGGAUGAGUACUCCGGAGUCGACCAGCAUGGAACUUUCAACUUCCCGGGCCUAAGCAAGGAGGCUGGCACCUGGCUGGCCACGUACGGUGACAGAAACGGUCUCAGCAAGGGCGUGGUGGGCGUGGGGAUUGACACCAGCUCUGUGGACGUAGGCAGCUCCACCAACUACGAGGCCCACACCAGCAUGUACUCCCACAACGUGUACGGCAUCGAGAACGUGGCCAACCUGGACCAGCUGCCGACCACCAAUUUCCUGGUCACCGUGAUGCCUAUGAAGAUCGGAGGGGGCAGCGGCGGCCCGUCCAGAAUCAUCGCAGAGUUGUAUGACGAAUCACCCAACAGUGCAAGCCAUGAUCUUUAAGCAUACUGGAGAUGGAAGGUGGUGGUGGUGGUGGUGGUGGUGGUGGUAGUGAUGGUGGAGGAUGUUUGCCACUAACACGCUUUGGAAAUUUAAUAAAAAUAGCAGGUCAUCUGGUGUGUGUGUGAGUGUUGUGUGUGUGUGUGUGUGUGUGUGUGUGUGUGUGUGUGUGUGUGUGUGUGUGUGUGUGUGUGUGUGUGUGUGUGUCCAGGAUAUCAUCACACAGAAAAAAUGGUCCACUUACGUACAUCAGUUGAUUUAGGGAAGUUAAUUUACGUUGCUUAUUUAAAUUCUUUCUUUCAUUCAUCCAUUUGUGGAAUUCUACUGUUUGCUUACCUACUUCUUUUCUUUUAUGGUUUUCUUACAUUUCCUUUUUUUGUUUUUUACUUACUAUCAGCUUCAUGACAACGAAUAAAAUCUCCAACCUCAGCGUAUCA